CUACUUUUUUAUAUAUAUUUUUAGCUUAGUACAAGAACCAAGCAUGUCAGACACAGACUACCUGAUAUCGUCUUCAGUCAAUAAUCACAGCACACCAGUGAGUGUGGUAAGAUUGUUCAAAAGAAGAUGGCUCAUGUUGUUCAUUUACUCUGUUAAUUCUCUUGCUAACGCAUGCAUGUUUUCUGCUUUGAGUGCUAUCAAUGAUGUUGCAAGCAAAUAUUGGGGUGUGAAACCAGAAGUUAUUGAUUGGCUUCCCAACUGUUUUCUCCUGAUUUAUAUUUUCAUUGCCUUGCCGUCAGCAUAUUUUAUGUCAUCGUUUGGUCUAAGAGUUUCUAUGAUGCUUGGAUCUGGAUUAAAUGCUUUAUCUGCAUGCUUUCAUUUUGCUGGCUAUCAAUCAAAUGGCUUUGCUUUUAUAGUGGUUGGCCAAAUUUUAGCUGCAUUAUCAGUAGGAGCUAUAUUGCAAAUUCCAUCUAGACUGUCCACAGUUUGGUUUGCUGAGCAUGAACAUGCAAAGGCCACUAGUAUUGGCAUUUUUAUGAAUAUUUUUGGUGUUGCACUUGGCUUUCUUCAACCUUCACAGAUGGUUCCAGACUCUGAAAAUAAAGAUGAUGUAAAAAGUGGGAUGUUUCAACUGUUUUUGUCACAAUUAGUUUUUUUGAUAGUAAGCUUUAUUUUGGUGAUAGUGUUUUUUGAAGAAAAACCUCCAUGUGCUCCUUCUCAUGCUGUUGCUUUAAUGCAAGAAAAGGAUGCAAAGAAGGAGAUGUCUUUUAUGGAAAGUCUCAAGAUUCUUGCAUCAGACAAAAACUUUAAUCUUUUAACACAUGGCUAUGGACUAUACUUUGGCAUGUAUUCUUUCUUUUGUGUUGUUUUAAAUGAGAUGGUUAGAUCAAAGGUUCCUGAAAUGGCAAUUGGAUGGAUGGGAUUUUCCUCUGAUUGUGCUGGUAUAGUUGGGGUUAUGAUCUCCGCAGUCAUUAUUGAUAAGUUCAGGUGUUAUAAGCUGUUAUCAGUCAUUUUAGUAUUUUUUGCAUUGAUCUCGUGGAUCGUUUUUACCUUUUUGAUUUUGAAUUCAAACUCCGAAUUUGGGCUGUUUGUGGCAUAUUGCUUUGUUGGUUUCUUUGGAAUACCGUAUUUUUCAGUUGGUAUAGAGCAAGUUGCUGAAAUGACUUAUCCAGUUCCCGAGGGUACUUCAAGCGCUAUUAUAUUGAUUUUUGGCAAUAUCUAUGGUUUUUUGUUCAUUUUAUUUUUUGGCGCAUGGGUAGAUAAAGGUAAACUGCCAAUUGUUUGUUAUAUAACGAUUGGUGUUUAUUGUGUUGCAUUCUUCUUUACAGUCGUAACGAAAAUGAGGUUGCAGAGACAUGAUGCAGAAACAAGACAUGCUCACCUUGCAGGUACAGAAGACAAUGAUAAUUUGGAACAUCUUGCAUAAUGUAUUUUUUAUUUCAAAUGUCCUAGUAAUGCUUUUUGCUUUGCAGAUUUUGCCUUCUUUUUAUGUAAAUUUAUAUAGUUGUACUUAUAUCAUUGGUAUCAACAGUACAGCAAAGAUUCUAUUUGGAAGAAUCAGGAGAUCA